GGGAGGCAGCGGGCAAUAAUAGCGGCUCCCCUCCCGAGGUGGCUGGAGCCUUCCUGAGGAACUGCCCCGAGCGCGAACGCGGCACGGAGGCGCCUCGAAGCCACCGGAACCAGGAUCCCACUGGACAAAGUUGCCCCCGCAUGGCUGCCCUUAACGACAGCAGCUUUGACCCCAUAACCUUUGUCCUGACGGGAAUCCCGGGCAUGGAGGCAUCUCACGUCUGGAUCUCUGUCCCCUUCUGCCUGAUGUACGUGGUGGCCCUGACGGGGAAUGCCUUUCUCCUCUUUCUCAUCGCCACAGAGCGCAGCCUCCACCAGCCCAUGUACCUCUUCCUGGCCAUGCUGGCAGUAGCUGACCUCAUGCUGUCCACCUCCACGGUGCCGGAGAUGCUGGCCAUCUUCUGGUUCGGGUCCAGGAAGAUUUCAUUUGAUGCCUGCAUUGCUCAGAUGUUCUUCACCCACUUCAGCUUCAUUGCGGAGUCCACCAUUCUCUUGGCCAUGGCCUUUGACCGUUACGUCGCUGUUUGUGACCCACUCCGCUACAUGACCAUUCUCACGCCUUCCGCAAUAGGGAAGGUGGCCAUCGCCGCCAUCGUCAGAGGGCUGGCAAUCAUGUUCCCCCCCAUCUUCCUCCUCAAGAGGCUGCCCUACUGUGGCCACAGCACAAUGCCACACACCUAUUGUGAGCACAUGGGCAUCGCCCGCCUGGCUUGCGGGGACAUCACCGUCAACAUCUGGUACGGCUUCACAACUACCCUCCUGUCCUCUGGCGUUGACGUGGUGCUGAUCGCCGCCUCUUACGCCUUGAUUCUCCGGGCUGUCUUCCAGCUGCCCUGCAAAGAAGCCCGGCGCAAAACUCUCCGCACCUGUGGCUCCCACAUCUCGGUCAUCCUCAUGUUCUACAUGCCAGCCUUCUUCUCCUUCCUCACCCAUCGCUUUGGCCACAACAUCCCUAGCUGGAUCCAUAUCUUGUUGGCCGACCUCUACGUGAUUGUGCCGCCCAUGCUCAACCCCAUUGUCUACGGAGUCCGAACGAAGCCAAUCCGGGAGAGGGUCAUCCAUGUGCUCUCACAGAUGGGGAGGACCUGCUUCUAAGCCUCGAACAAACUCCGAUGGAGGACUUGGGUUGAAGGUUGCUACAGGAUGAGAGCUGCCUCCUUCUUAAGGGAAGGAGAUGGACUCUCAGGUCAGAGGAAGCAAGAGUUAUUGUGAGGUGGUUACUCUUCUGUCUCUUAUCCCCCGGGGGGGGGGAGGGGGAACAGACGCCUUCUUCCUCGAUCAAUGUGGCUACAGAGCUAUUAAAGCUGGCCCCUCCUUGCCUGUUCUUCCCUAGCCUGGAGCCUCUUCCCUGGAGUCAGAAGCAGUACUGCAGGCAGCUGCUGGGCUGGGCAGCAGAGCGGUCAGUUGCCCUUCUCUUGUGCCACUUGUGGGCUCUUCGGAUCUCUCUGGUUGGCCUCCUUGAGACGCAGAGCGCUGGACAAUCCAGGGCUCUUCUGGCUGACUCUUCCACAACUGGUGCUCCUUUGGCUGCUGGGGGUGGGGGUGAUGAGAGUAGAUGGGUACCCCGUCUGUUCUUCUCCUUGAAGUUGUCCCUGGAAAGGAGUUGGAUGGGCUGGGCCUUUUUGCCUCUCCCCUCCCCCAUUGGGUGGUCUUUUCUCAAAAGCAUUUGGGGAGGGGGCUGUGCAUAUCCUAAACUCUGGUGAUGGGCUCCUGCCCUAGGUUGCUUAGCCAACAGAGGUUUUGUCUUGCAAUGCCAUGCAUGAAAGUGGGGGCUGCUGGACUGAUGUGAGCACAAAAACCCGCUCAAGGCAGCCAAGGGGACACACACACCCCCAAACCACAAGGGGGAACUAGGUGAAUUGGGGCCCACCAUGAGAAUCCCAGAGACUCCCUUGUUUUGCCCCAGGCCGAUGUCUGUGCCCAACUGGCUCACGUCCCUGUGUCCCUUUGUCCUGCUUCAGAUGGACAUUCAGUAACACAUUUGUAAAAUUAAAAUGCUAGUUCAGGGCUCCGUUUUGCUGGAGAGGCUGGGAAAGAGCUGAGAAAGCCGGACUCUCUCCUGGGGAGAGAUGCUGCCCAAACCUCGUCCAUGGGGAGCUUGCAAGUCACCU